AUGGACUCAGUAACGAGGCUGCCUUUAAUAACCAGAAUUCCCACCGAUCUUUAUAUUGGUUCGCCCAAGCAUAUGACAUAUGCAACAGAGCCUAAGCCUGCUAUGAUUCCUAAAAAAAAGAAAAAAGGCUAUAGUAAACUUUUAAAGCCUUCUAGAAACGAACAACGAGGCUCGAUGCCUUAUUAUAAUGGUCCAGUAGGUCCAAUGGCCAAACUUGAGUAUAUUGAUUCGUAUAAAAGUCUUCCACAACUUUCAGAAAGAAACAACUUUAGACAUUUAGAAGAUACCCCAACAUUGGCCUAUUUAAAUGUUAUUGAAAAAGAAAGAUUGUCCCCUCAGCCAUUUGGUAUCAUUAGAAGAGCAGGGUCAGAUAAAAUUAUAGAUGUCCCACAUCGUGGUAUGGGAGAUAAAUAUGCUGAUGCUUUUUCUGAAGGACUAAAGCAUGUAAAAAGUUUAGAAGUCCUCAAUUUAAAAGAGAACCGGCUAAAGACCCCCUGUGAGCGAUCAAAAAAUUAUGUUGGCUCACAGAGGGGGUUAAUUGUUUUUUUUUUAAAAAUUUAUAUAUAAAUUUCAUAGUAAUUUUUUUCAAAUUUUAAAGCAUCACAAUUCCAAAUAAUUUUUGAUCAGAUAUUAAUUUAAUUUGUAAAAUUUAUGUUUAAAAUGGGAGUUGUUGUUUAAAAGUAAACAGAAUUAGCUAGAGAUUCCAUUAUAUUAAUUGCUACUUAUAUAUUAAAAUAUUUUUUUAUAAAAAAUUUUUUGUACGCUCACAGAGGAUGGGUUUUGCCAAAAAAAUAAGGAUUUACCAAUGAUUUUGUUUGCUUGGAGUAAGCGAAAAAGGGACUUUCCAAAUUUUAAAAAAUUUAGAAUACAAAGAUACCAAAAGGCUUGAUUUAAGUGGCAAUAGAAUUGGAGAGAGUUCUAUUGCAAAAAUCAGUGAUUUGCUUACUGAUGAAAAUCCAACUCUCAAGCACUUGAAUUUGGAAAAUUGUAAAAUAGGGAAUAAAGCAAUAAUAACGUUAUGCAAAUGCAUUGCAGAUAAUAGGACUCUAACAAGAAUAAAUUUAGCGAAAAAUAAUAUUGGGGACUCUUCUUGUCAAGCCUUAGAAGAAAUGCUUUUAUAUAAUCAAUUAAAUAUGGCGUCUCACCUGGGCAUUGCCUCCCGGCCAUACAGCCUCGAACACAUUUUAAUUAUAUCGGCAAGAUGUUGCCAAUCCAGAAAUAGACAGCAAUACUAGUUAAACAAUUCUUGUAAUGCGAAAGCUAGCCAUAGUCCUCUUUCAGGAUUCGAUUUUACCUCGAGGGAAGAGGAGGGCUCAGAGUUGGAAAGAGUAAGCUCAGCAGCAUCUAUAGUCAAUCCCCAGGCCUUCAGGCAACUUUCUAGCCUUAAACUGAGAUUUACGCCUCGGCUUUGAAUUUUUUCUUUUAGCCAAAAAUUUCAUUUUUGGGAUUUUUGUGCAGGCAACUCAAACAGCAACCGCAGAAUAGUCUGCUCACUCAGCACAGGAGCUGGACAAGGCAAGGAGUAGACGGCACCAAAUUGCCCAAAUACUCACCGUGCCCUGGUAGGAGGCUUGCGAGAAGAAGCAAGAUGGGGUUAGAACCUCGCGGGCGAAUUCUUCAUAUUAAUCGUUCAAAGCAAGAGCAAAGUGGAUGAAUUCCUUGGUGAUUGCGUAAUCAAUAAGGCAGUAGCCAAACCUGCAUUAAGUUUAAGCUUUUAUAUAAUCAAAACUUAAGAUUUUUAGAUUUGCAUUGAAAUAAAAUUUCAGGCACGGGAGUUGUGAAAAUAUUUCGAGGCAUCGAAAUGAACGAAGGCUUAAGAUAUUGUGACUUAUCAUGGAAUGCUAUAGGAAACAAUCCAAAAUCACCAGCUGCAGAAGCUAUUGGAAAAUCGUUAAAAGAAAAUGUCGUUUUGGCGCAUUUAGAUCUAUCAUAUAACGAUAUAAGCAAGCAAGAGUGUGAAAUAAUUAACCAGUAUUUAAAACACAAUCAUACACUAAUUGGGCUUCACAUGGAAGGAAACCAUUGUAAAGUAAAUUCACUAGGGUUUUUAGUAGAUGAAAACAUCAAUGAGAAUGCUCUUCAAUCACAUUUUUUCCAAAGAGUUAUUGGAAAUAAAGUCUUUAUCAAUCACAGUGAAAGCAGCCCGAACUGCUGAAUAUGUGAACAGUGGAAAGAAAUGGUUUUUAUUUAUAAACCUGAAAAUGGGAAUUAUGAAGAUUUGGUGUUCAUCAAUUUGGAAAUUGAUGAAUAUCGGCCAGAUAUAAUGAAAAAACAAGAUAAUGGAUCUUUUACAAUCAAAAGAGCAGUUCCACCAGGAAAAAUACAUUUUUUCUUUUCAACUCUCCAAGGACCAUUUAAAUCCUCAAAUUAUGCUAAAAAGAUUUUAUCAUAUCCAGUGAAAAUAAACAUCUUGAAAAAUUCUUACUACCCCUUUAAUCUUAAUAAAAUAUCAGUAAAAUUUGCGCUUUUUGGGUAAAUCCUAUUAACUGGAACAACAUUUUAAUUCUUAUAGGCAAUUAGAUUCAUUGUAUGUAAAUAGCUUUUAUAGCUAAUUUAAAAAUAGAAAAAUCACAAAAUUUAUCUAUAAAUUAUUUUAUUUCAGAUUAAAGAGUGUAAAUAGCUUUGAAUCGAUAAAUUUGUUUUAACCUUUUUAAAAAAAAUAAAAUUAAUAGAAAUUUUUCUUCAAUUUAAAGGGAAGGAGCUAUACAAUUUCCCAAAUAAACAUUGCAAUGGCAGAAGGUCCAACUUGCACUCGCAGAGGAUUUUUUGAAACAAAGCCAAGAAUAGCUAGAACAGAGUAUGAAAAGCCAGAUCAAGAAUUUGACAGGAUUAUUUGGAAAAUCCCUAUAAGCUUGUUUAAAGAUUAUCAUUUUGACACAAAUGAUAGAGCAACUGCAUGCAUUUAGCUUGCUCUUGAAUAAAAUUUUUCCCUAAAAUUUGGAGUAUGACAGUCACUUAAAGGUGGCAAGUCAAUUCCAAGUUGUCCAAAGCUGAUUCUUUCUUCAAUAUUAAUAAAUUUGGAGUUGAUGUGCCACUUUAGGUGACUUGCCAUACUUCAAAUUUCAGAGAAAGAGUUUCGCGAGUGCACGCUAAAAAUGAUCAAGGGCUAUACUUGGAAUGAUGGAUUUGAAUUUGAUUACAAACAUACAAGAAUUCCAAAUUUUGUCAAAAAGCUAGCUGAUCAAGAGCACGUAAAAUCAAUUUUGAAAGCAAUUUACCAAUCAUUUAGAGAAUUUUAUAAGUAUUUUUCGGCAACUGGGGGAGGCGAAAUCUUUUGUAUUGGGCCAAAUGGGAUGAGUGAAUUUCUUAAUAUGUGUAAUAUUAUUGAUGAGCUAUAUGAUGUUACUGACAUUGGAGUAAAUUGGAAUGCGAUCAAAUCCCAAGUCCAUAAAGACCAAAUAUAUAACGCAAAAAAUGGAAUUUGCAGAUAUGAAUUCAUGGAAAUACUCGUUAGGAUUGCUAAUGAUAAAUAUAUAAGAAAUAAAGUCUGUUCUACAGUUGGUGAUGCAAUUGAAAAAUUAGCUCAAACACAUUUGAUAUAGCUCAGGGUCUCUUUUGUUUUGGACUGCCCUGGGCUAUAUUUAACCAUAAAAAUAUUAGAACUGGUCAUGCAAUAAGAGCAACCAAGUCAACUCAACCUGCUAGCCAACUAAAAUUUUUAUGUUAUUUAUCAGUCGGCAUAGUAACUUUUCAACUGUUAUUUAUCUAGCCAAAUCGACCAUCUGGAUGCUUUAUUAGCUUAUUAUUACUUAUCGAGUAGUCCACUGUAAUUUCCGCAGGACUAACUCCUACCAUUACCCUCCCUUCACCUGCUCGCCAGUCGUAUAUGGCCUUACAAAAGGAAACUCCUGUCUGGCAAGGAUCUGCACUCACCACUAUUAAGUUGAAUGAGUCGCUCCACUGUGCCGUACGUCAAAAAGGUUCCCACCAUAAAAAACAUUCAAAAUGAUUGAAUUUUCAAUCGGCUCUCAGCUAAAAUGGAAAUCAGAGCCCAGGACGUAACUCCUGAUUUCACGAUGGGGAAAUAAUCCUAUUGACCUUCGGACCAUUUCACUCUAAGACUAGAUUCUGAGUAAAGUUUGCAGUCGGCUAAUUCGACAUUGUGCUUUACCAAACCAGGAAUCGCCUGGCCCGAUAUAUAUUUCCGAACGCCAUCCUCCCAUCCUCAAGGUCCUUGUGCAUCCUGUAGAUUGCCAGAUGCAGGGGCUAAGAGGAUGGGUUGGUUUGCCACGAUAUUUUAAUCUAUAUCUGUUGAACUGACAUUUGCAUUCAGGGUGAUCCAAAAGAGGCCCUGGGCUAUACCAGUUUUCAGCAAGUAUGACUCGAAUAAAUGGAGAUAUGAAAAAUAUUUAGUAGAAGACGUCGAUUUAGCAUUAAAAGUCCAUAAAAUGAUUUUAGAUGCAAUUUUUAAAAAAUAUAGUGGAAAAAAGACUCUGCCAGGGAAAAAGCCAUUUGUCAGUGUAGAAGAAUUCAGAACUCUAUGCGCGGAUGCACAAUUUAUAAGAGAAGGCUUUACCACCAGAGAGAGUGAUAUUUGCUACAGUCUUUCUAUGAUGACCCAAGUGGAUGAUUUAUAUAAAAAUAAACAUCUAGAAAUGUGUUAUGUGGAAUUUUUGGAAGCAGUUUGCAGGGCUAUUGAUUGGGCAAAUUUACCAAAAAUUGACGAAGAAGGAAACGCUGUCGACACAAAAAGUUUUGCAUUAAAAGCGAAAAUAGAAAAUUCUAUGAUUUAUUUACUAAAGCUCUGCCCUCAGCAAGUAAAAGAUAGCUUUGUGCCACCAACUGAAGAGACAUACUUCAAGCUUAUGUACAAGCCUCAAAGCCCAAAGUUUUAA